CGGAAGUGGGUGAGAUGGGGACCGGAAGUCGCCGGCGCUGAAGUGCCCGGUUCGCGAAAGCAUGGCGGCGGCGUUCAAGAAGGCGGGCAAGUCCCGCCAGCGGGAGCACCGCGAGCGGAGCCAGCCAGCUUCCCGAAAGAAACUUGGAAUCCUUGAAAAGAAGAAGGACUACAAGCUCCGUGCCAAUGACUACCAUAAGAAGCAGAAAGCACUCCAGGCGCUUCGCAGGAAGGCCGAGGAGAAGAACCCGGAUGAAUUCUAUUACAAAAUGACCCGUGUGCAGCUCCAGGAUGGAGUUCACAUAAUUAAACAGCAGGAAGAAGAAACCACGCUGGAGCAGCAGAAGCUGAUGAAGACACAGGACCUGAAAUACAUUGAGAUGAAGCGGGUAGCUGAAGUCAAGAAAAUUGAAAGGCUGAAGUCGGAGCUCCACCUGCUGGAAGCUGAGGGCAAGCAGCCGAACAAGCACACAUUCUUUUUUGACACAAAGAAGGAAGUGCAAAGAUUUGACAUUGCCACCCAUCUGAACACUGCGCCGGAGCUGGUGGGCAGAGUGUACAACCGGCCGACCCUUGAAACUCUGCGGAAGGAAACCGUUCGGGGGGCCACCACCCAGGCCCAGUUGAAGAAAUUAGCCCGCCAGAGGAAGAGUCAGUACAACCUCUUGAAGCAGCGCAUUGAGAGGGAGCGGAAGAUGUUUGUCAUCGCUCAAAAGCUUCAGACCCGGAAGGACCUUUUGGACAAAGCCCACAAAGUGAAGCUGAAGAAAGAGACUGUAAACCAGCCAGCUAUUUACAAAUUCCAGUUCAGGCGGAAGCGCUGACUGCUGUGUGCUGUGGUGGGUAUGAUGAAGGACAUCUUAUUCCACGAUAACUUAGAAGAGGUCCCCCCCAGUGGCCUUUCUUGGUGGAGCCGUCUCAUUGCACAAAUUCAUUUUCUCGUUUUCAGAAUAAAUGUUGUCUUGUAUACCUUCUUUUCAAACAUAUCCAGUGGGAGCAAUUCUGAUUUAUAUUGCUUGUGUGAAGGUGCUCAUUGAACAUGCAGAGAUGGGGCCCUAAGGUGGACUUGUCAACCCAUAAGAACUGGCAAGAAAAUGUCCCUUCUCCUCCAGAUUUUGAACUUCUGCACUGGAACACCUGGGUAUGAAAUGCAAGUGGGUGGAUAAUAAUAAAUUCAAACCAAAACAAGCAGUGAGACUUGCAUAAAGAAGGUACUUCUUUUCUUCACUCCAUAUAUUAAGUUAUUUGGCAGUUGAGAUUACAAGAAUAUUGACUUUCCCUAUCUGGGAUGGGGCUUACUUUGGUUUCCUCUUGCAGAGAGCUAAGGGGGAGGAUUGGUUGGGAGUCAUGGCAGCCCCAGAUUCCCCCACUCAGUGAGCUGUGCUGAUUGACUGGCUUGCCGUAGGCUGCUUUGCUUCUGAAGGAUGUUGCAAGGGGUUUGGCUGAGCCCCUCCUGGGAUGUGGAGAGGGUAAAGUUCUGCCCACCUUCUGCUCUUUGCAGCUACAAUAUAUUGUGCCACACAGAUAGGGCAGCAGGGAGAGCCUUCCAGAGGAGCAGCCAGCUGGCAUUGCCCAUCUGAGCUUCUUGGACUUUGCCUAGCAGUGGAGGCUUAGUGCGGAAUGCCCAGCAGGUGGCAGUGCUGCUCUGUGGUUGCAGAGGACUGUGCUGGUUGGGGAAAAGCCAGCCAGAGCAGAAAGGGAGCUGCUGGAGUGCUCCUAACCACUCAGCAAGAGGUUGCUUGCCUUGACUCCCAUCUGAGAUACCAAAGAACUGAGCCAAUGUUGUUUGAUGAAGUUGAUGCUGAUGCUGCUUUCAGCAUGCAGACCCCUGUGGUGUGGCUCAGGUCUUUGUCUCCAGGAAGAUCAAUUGGGGUUUCUGUUUACUUUCGUUCUUAAUGUGUGUGGCUGAACUGCAUUCUUGAGGUGGACCUUUGCAAAUGGGUUUCUGCUGCCAGGAGAGGAAGCCCAGCUGGGACACCCUCACCACAGGCUGCAGGCUCUCACCUUGAUGAGUGCCCCUCUGGUUUCCGCCCUGUGUUCUCCAACCAUAUGAGAAGGCAAGAGACUGAGGGACAUCCUGUGUUCUCUCAAAGUGGGCCAUUGCUGGUUUCCUCUGGGCUCCUGAUGGUUCUAUGUUAGGCGGUGGGCUUUGGUGAUCCAGUCUGAUGAUCCUGCAGUGCCCUGUUUACUUGGUAUGAUGCACACCAUCAGAAUCUCCUGCAUUCUCCACAUCAGUAUUAUAUAAGGCAGAAGGGGAAAGGAAGGAUCUGAAAUGCAUUUUGGGGCAGACACCCCAGCUGCCUCUGCCCUGGAAGUGUGCCUGCUCACUUGUGGCAGGUGUUCAAUCCCACCUGCAGAAAGAACGCUGUAGCUCAGCAACCCUGGAUUAGGUGCAAGGAGGUUUGCUUCCUAGACAAGGCAUGCAAAAUCUUUGUUAAGGGCAGCCCCUCCUUUCCUCUUUCGGCCCUCAAUCUUGCAGAGAGUCGUCCUGCUUAUCUCACACCUGGGGCAGUAUUGUUUUCUGCAACCUCCUCCAAUCACUACAGGGUUUUGUGAGGGUGAAAGGCUGCAGAGGAGCAUGAGAAGAGCCUGGCGGCUGGAUCUAACUGAAGGCUGCCCAUCUAGUCUUGCACUCUUAUUUCACAAGCCCCAAAUGAGCCCACAAGCAGGACCUGAGUGCAAGAGCACUUCCCUGCCUCUUCUGAUCCACCCACCAAUAAUUGGCAUUCAGAAACAUGCUCCCAUCUCUGAGCUUGGAGAUGAUACAGCCAGUGUUAGUAGUAGCAUUUGAUAACGUCCUCCUCCCUGAGUAGGCAUUCUAAGAGCCAUUUGUAGGAAGGUGAUUCUCUUGCGUCUAUCUCUAGCAGGUCAGCAUGGCGCUUCCUGAGCCAAGGGGUUGCUGGAGGCUUGUUGCCAGGUUCUUACCUCGUCAAAAGAGGUGCUCAGCCCCACCACCACCAACCCAAUUUAUUUGGACCUGGGGUCAUCUUGGCCAGCUCUGGCAUCAUUCAUGCUUGGAAUGUGGAAAAGGCUUCCAUAAGGUCCUCCAGGCCCUUCCUGCUGCAGAUAGAAGCCCAGAAAAGUGCCUAGAUUGGCAACCAGGGCUGCUGUACAGAUCUCUCUUCUCUUGUAGUGUCCCUGGGACAAUGCUCAGCCCCACUGAGUGCUGAGGCACCCAUACAGCGCUUUUGCUGCAGGACUUUCCUGUAUUUCUCAACCCUGGUAAAGUCUGGAGUGGGAAGCAUGGGGUGGGGUCUCUGAGCCCCCAGCACCUGCCUGGAGGGAUCUGUGGGGGAGAGAAGCAGCUGGGGAUAAUUAUAGUAACAGGAACUGAACAGGCAAGUUUCUGGGAGCUGGGAGCUCCUCCCUCCCUCCUCCCCGUCUCCCUGCUGGGUUAUGGUGCAUCUGGGCUCCAGGUGACUCAGUGUGUGGCAAAGGGUGGUGGAGCCCUCUUGGGAAAUAACCUCCUUGCUUGUGCCAGCUGCCCGCUUGCUGCCCUGAGCCCGGGCUGCUUGGGGGCCACUUGCCUGGGCUUCUGGGUGGCUGAUCGAGGGAAGCCAAGAGUGUUCGCCUAUCCCUGCUCUCUGAACUUGGCCUCCCUUAGAGGUGUGUGAGGAUAGGUGUGUUUGUGGAGAAGAGAGCCCUGCAGGCUUCUUUUUAAAUCCUCUUUGCAAGACUGCAGAUUGAUCAAGAGUUUGUCCCAGAGCAGCAGCUGCCGACGCCACCUUCUCUCUGUUAGAUAGGAGGUAACUGAGCACUUUGGCCACAGUCCCGCUGAAGCUUCCCUCCAUGCCUGCACCCCGCAUAGAGUAGGGAGCUGUCCUAGACCACCAUGCCAGCCCGUCUCACUCAGCCUUUCUUUCAUUGGGACUGGCUGCGAAUCUCCAUGGUUUCAGGCAGUGUUUUUGCCAAAAGGAAGGGGAGAGGUUGAGGUUUGAACUUGGGACUUUUUGCAUGCAAAGCAUGUAGUUUUAUAUACUCCAGAGUGGCUUCUGACAAAGAGCAACCCAAUUGCACUUUCGUAUCCAUUGCCACUGCUAGGAGCAGCUAGCCUGCGUCUUGGGCACAGCUGUCAACAUGAGGCUUCCCAUGCCUUGAACAUGGGCUGUCACUCCCUAACAGGAAGUCAUGGCAUUGGCAUGGCUGGAGCCCCACACUGGGUCCUUGGUGAGGGGCCUUUGGUAGCUUGUUGAGUCCUCAGAGAAGGAGGUGGUUCAAGGUGGCCUUUGCUUCUAUCCCAGGCAGGUCAGGGCAGUUAAUAACAGCUGCCACAGUGUGCCAGGAACAUAUUGACAAGGCUUUCCUUGAACCAUUGCUGCAGCCCCUUCCAGCCCCAGCUGGUUUGAAAGCCAGUCCCUGGCAUGGAGCAGGAGGAGAACAUAAGAGCCUGCUGAAUCAGGCCAGUGGCCCAUCUAGGCCAGCAUCCUGUUCUCACGGUUCUUAACCAGAUGCCCCAAAGAGAAACCAGCAAACAGGACUCUGAGCACAAGGGCAGUUUCUCCCCUCCUGAGGUUUCCAGCCGCUGGUAUUCAGAAGCAUUGCUGCCUCUCCUAUCUGUGGAGGCAGAGCAUAGCCAUUGCAGAUAGUAGUCAUUGAUAAACUCUUCUGUGGAUUUGUCUAUAAUCUUUUAAAGCCAUUCAGGUUGGUGGUCACUGCCUCCUGUGGGAGUGAGUUCCAUAGUUUAACUUGUGUGCUGCGAGAAGAAGCACAGGUCAGCCAAAUCCAGCCUGGGGGCUUCUGUGGAAUUUCAGGGCAGAAUUAAUGAGCAGCCCAAAUAAGUGGCAUGGGGUCCCCUCUGGGGAAAUAACUUUGCUGGUGGAAAGGACCAAGCAUUCAAACCACUCUCACACACACCUGCACUUGAAAGCCCCAUGGGUGGGCUGCCCUGGACACCCUCCCAGGAGCCCCCAGCCAACCCUCCACUGCUCUUCUGGGAGGGGUGAGCAGUUUCCUCAUGCAUUGUCAUGAGCUGAGGGCAGGGGGACAGGCAGGCUUUCUUCUUAGUCAGAGCUGGAGCCGAGGUCUGUUUUGGCUGCUCAUCAGCAUCAGGGAACUGUGUCCCUGCGAGGUUUGAUACAAUUUAAUUAACCUAAUUAAAAGCUCUGAUUGCAGAGAUGAUUGGGGUAGAGCCAGCAGCAACUGCAUAUUUAUAAUGAGCUGGAAGGUGUGGGACCUCCGCCAAGCGAUAUGCAUCUCUAAUGAGCUGCUGCUGGUGCGAUCUGAGCGCGCCUUUGGAACGUGAACAUUUAUUUUUGGCAACGGCGGGCAGUUUAUCAUCAAGACGCGGAGGGAGGGAGCCUCCUUCCUUCCCAGCUCCAGGCGUGGCUCUCCCACUCCCAGCCCCCUUGACAGACACAGACGCAGCCUUGCCAAGGUGCAAAGGCAGGCAAGCAAACAAACACCCGUCCUGCAUGCAAACCUGAGCCCAGAGAGAGAAUCGGAGAGAUGCACCCAGGCUCCUUCCACCUCAGUCAUUCAUAAAACCCAGCACACACCCCAUGCUCCUGGCCUCAUGCAGCCCACCCUCUGAGCCCUGCUGGUACAUGCAAGGUCUACACCCACUCCAGCUGCCCAAAUAUCUCCCUACUGUCUAGGACCCCCUCCUACUGUCUAGGAGCUCCCCCAAGGCCUGGCUCUUUCUCCAGGCUCUGACUAAAAGAGACCCUCAGUCCACCGAGACCAGGAUAGGCUGUGGAGAGCCACUGUGGUGUAGUGCUUAGAGUGUUAGACUAGGAUCUGGGAGAGCAGGGUUCAAAUCCCCACUUGAGUCAUGAAACUCACUUGGAUGACCUUGGCAGCCAGUCAGUGCCUCUCAGCCUAACCCACCUCACAGGGUUGUUGUAAUUAGGUGAGAAGGAGGACAAAGGGAAUCUUGCCUGCCCCUCUACCUGAGUGAGCUUUAACCUCCUUCAUGCAUAGCUGGAGCACCUUCCCACCAGUUUGGACCCAGAGCGGUGGCUGAUCCAUGCCAGGCUGCUGCAGGGAGGCAAGAGGACAAGUUGGUCAGUGAAGGAACGCCUACAUUCCCCUCCUUCCAAACUGCAUUGGUUCCUCUGCAGAACAAGGAAGCUUCCUCGGAGACCCCACUGUGAGAUCUAGUUCAUCUGCAGUGGACAGGACAGGCCUGGCCUGGUCACAGGGGAACGGGUCAGAAGAUAAAAUGAGACAGAGGUGUGUAAAGGGUGAGAGUCCUGCAGGGAGGUGGGGAGCUGUUUUGAUGUUGACCACUAUUUGUUGGCAGCUCCACUUCCAGGGAUUCAUCCUUCUGCAAGCACAACACCAUCUCCAGGCACAGCCUCCAGGGGUUUUCUUUCCCUUUCAGUCCAAAUGGGCCCUAUGGUGGCUUGCAAUCUUUAAAAAUGUAUCAAUAAAAAAUAAAAUGCAGAACUUGUUACACAUUUUUUUAAUGUUAAAUUGGAGCUACCAGUAACUAAAUGCAGUGGAGGGGAGAAAACACUCAAGGCUUGGUGAAAUAAACAGGUUUUUACAGUUUGCCCAAAGGGUCUUAAAUGAAUGGGCUCCUUUGGUUUCCUUGGUACUGCAGCUGCAAAAACUCCUCUUGCCUCCUGCAUCCCAGCUGAGUGCACCUCUAAUGGAAACAUGACCUAGAGCAAGGCAAACACAGUGUGAUAUCAGCAGGUUCAUGUUAUGUCAGUAAGUUCUUGUAAUAUGGCCCUUCGCAAUUCUUGGCCCCAAACUGUUAGGGCAUUGAAUCAGGCCCAGUAGUGAAAUUGCAGUCUCUGCAGAUUGUACAACUCUGGAAACAGCCUGGGUGAAGUUCUGGCAACAGCCUCUUGAUUUCCAGACCUGUUUCAAAGGCAGCCCCACAGAGGGCAUCUUUCAGGCAUUAAUCUUGAUAGGAUGGUAGCAUAUUGUGACAGUGGCCACCUCUUUCCAGGGAAAGGUGGAAUUGAUGCACUUUGGAAAUUGGGCAAAACCACCUGGAGCUACAGCUGCCCCCUGAGCAUCCAAGAGUGCUCCUAAACUGUGGCCCUCAACCUUCCAGGGUAUGGAACCUCAUUUAGGACAGGGAGGUCAACAAAGGCGCCAGGCGGACCUCUCUGGGAGAGUAUUCCAUAGAUGGGAAACUAACUCAAAAGCCCCUUGUGGUCAUAGUGCUCUACUUCCAAGGAGUUCAAGGUACCGGUAGCACCAAUGCCCAUAGGCAAUACCCAUAGGGUAGCAAUCCUCCUCCCACCUCCUGAAUAAGGCCCCUUGCAUCAGAAAUAAGGCCCCUUGCAUCAUUUCUCUGGGGGAUUGGGGGUUUCAAUUGUAAAAGGCCUGGUGGGACAGGAGUGGUGACUGAGCUACCAGCUUCAGAAGAGGAGGUUAUCACCCAGCCCACCACCUCAUCUAAGAGUAUGAAUUAGAGCCCCUUGUCUGUCUGCCUGUGAGAGACAGCAUCUGGUUUUACUGGCCAUACAGGGGAAAUCAGAAGGUUGCCUUGGCUCAAAGAGGACCACCACCACUAACAGCUGGUCACCAGCUCCAGCUGGCCAUCCCACCACAGCAGAACAGAGAGGCAGGAGUUAG